AUGUCACUCCCGGCUCACCCUCCCGCUCGUUCGCCCCUUGACCGCCAUCGCCAGUUGGCUCCAUCCGCUUCAGUGCGCAUUUCUCCACUUUGCCUCGGUGCUAUGAACUUUGGUGACGCGUGGAAGGAAAGACUUGGAGAGUGCCCAAAGGAGACCGUAUUUGAGAUUCUCGAUUAUUUCGUUAGCCAAGGUGGCAACUUUAUCGACACCGCCAACAACUAUCAGAACGAGGAAUCCGAAGAAUUGAUUGGAGAAUGGAUGGCUCAGAGGAAAAACCGUGACGAACUCGUCCUCGCUACCAAGUUCUCUAGCAGCUACAAAAACCAUGAGAGCGGCAAACUUCAAUCGAACUAUGGCGGCAACGGCGCCAAGUCCAUGCGUGUGUCCUUAGACCUCUCUUUGCAGAAGUUGCAGACGACCUACGUCGACAUUUUCUAUCUCCAUUGGUGGGACUACAGUGUUUCAAUUCCGGAAUUGAUGCACAGCCUCAAUGAUUUGGUCGUUGCCGGCAAGGUCAUAUAUCUCGGAAUUUCUGACAGCCCCGCCUGGGUGGUGGCUAAGGCCAAUCAAUACGCCCGCGAUCACGGUCUCCGGCAGUUCUCCGUGUAUCAAGGUCUUUGGAACGCUUCUAUCCGGGACUUCGAGCGAGAGAUUCUUCCAAUGUGCCGCGAUGAAAACAUGGGCGUGAUUCCCUGGGGAACCCUGGGCCAGGGCCGAUUCCACACGGAGGCAGGGUAUAAGGAGCGGGAGCAGCAGAAUCCCGGACGCAAGGGACGGGCUCCCUCAGAUGAUGAAAAACGUGUUUCAAAGGCCUUGGAAACAAUUGCACAGUCCAAGAAGACCGACCUUACCAGUGUCGCCCUUGCUUACGUCCGCCACAAAGCUCCUUAUGUCUUCCCAAUUGUUGGUGGAAGGAAGGUUGAGCAUCUCCGAGGAAACAUUGCGGCAUUGGAAUUGUCCCUGACCGUUGAGGAGGUGGCACAGAUCGAGGCUGCUUAUAGAUUUGAUCAUGGAUUCCCUCAUACGUUCCUCAGCGGCAGUCUUUUCGACGGUGGCACUUCGCGUGCUCCCGAUGGCCCUGGGGAUGUUUGGUUGACGAAACUGAUGGGCAAUUUCGAUUGGGUGCAGCCAGCUUCGCCAAUUCAGUAG